AUGGUCCAACUUGAAUAAUACUAUUAAUUAAUCAAAUUCUUAAGGGAUGAGGGUUUUAAGGAUAGUUAAACAGCUAAAAGCAGAGCAUGGGGCUUGAGAGUAAGAUCAAAAUUCUAUCUUUAAAUUGAUUCUUCAAAAAGAUUAUAGAUCUUAUAAUAACAGGCCUAAAUUCUAGCUUAGCGAGGUAUCUAAUGAUCUUUAGAUUUAAGAGUCUUAGAGAAAAAAUAAUAAACUGCUUAUUAGAUAAGGUCAGUUGGAAGUGAGAAAUGGAAAAUCAAAAUUAUUAUGCUACUGGUUUAAUGAGAGCAAUAAGCAGUAUAAAAUUAAAAUAUUCCAUCAAUUAAAUAUAAUGAGGAGACAUUAUAAGUAUUAAUAUAUUCUAUUUCAAGAGAGUGCAAAAAACUGAAGUAUUUUUAUCAUCAUCAUUCAAAUAUUAUUGAUCAAAUUUAUACUUAAACUAGAGAUAAUCAUCAUUUUAAGAAGAAACUUUUUCGAGAAAACUCAUUAAAGUGA